UGGAUGACUUUUCACAGGCUUGCCCUUCCCUGGCCCAGCUUUGCAUCUCAGUCAUUUCUGCAUGAGCGCAUGAAAUGUGCUAACAUUUGCCGUGUGCCUCCCUCGAUACUUGCUUUGCUUCAACCCCUCUGACUGUAUUGCUCCUUGGUCCUUUUGUUGCUGCGGUAAAUAAACAGGGCCGUUUUCCCCUCCCUCUUCAUUCUUUUUCUUAUUGUCGUCUCUCUGUUCAACCGAGACAGGAUGAGCUUGAGAAAUGUCUAACGCUUCAUCGACUCUUCUUGGGCGUCGCUUCUGGUCUUGCGCCUGCGGAUCGGCGCAGACUCUGGGUUUGCGAGGAACGACUAUCACAACGGCAACGACGAGAAAUGCCUGUUUGAAAGCCAAUCAACCUACAGUCAACCCUUCCCUCCCUCGACCGAAUACCUUCAGAAGGUCGAUACACUCCGGGUCACAACACUCGUUCCCUCGGCCGAAUAUCCACAAUGCGCGACGAAGCUAUACAGGCAGUGGACUGCUGCUGGUUGGGUUUACCACAGAACUCGCACCCACGCAAGCAUCAGCAGCUUGUGCAGUUGCUGCGGAAUCCGCUACGAGCACCAGUCUGACGAAGAAGUCGAAUAUCUACCAGCUGGCCCGGCAAGCAUGGCGACGAGGCAUCCAUACCGAUUCGAGGGGCGCAGUGAACCCGGCCGAAAGGAGGCAUCAUAGCUCCAAGAGUGGGAAGCACGAGGAAAAGGGUUCUGCAGCCCAGACGAAGCAGGAUACCCCCAAGGCUGGGGAGCAGGGCAAGCCAGACGCCCCGGAGCAUGAUGCCGAAUCGAUCGCAACCACAAUGUCAAAGUAUUUGCACAUUCCAAAGAUGCCGCACCGGCCCACCCGGGAUGAGCUAUUGGCUGCAGCGAAUGGUUUCCUGGGUCGAAUGAAGGUUCGAUUCAAGUGGGCAUCUAUAAGGAGUAUGAGGCCGUGGAAUAUCGAUGAAUGGGGCGCCUUCGUUUCGUGGUUCCUGUUUGGUCAUCUAGUCUGGAUCCUGGUCGGCACGACCACCUUCUUCUCGCUGAUUAUUCUCAGCAUCAACACCGUCGUCGCGCAAGAAACUCUUGCCAAAUGGGUUGGUGACUCUUUGACCGAAUCUGCCGGCGUCACGGUAGUAUUCGAGUCGGCAAUUGUUCCCAAAUGGGGAGAUGGCGUGAUCAGCUUCAAGAAUGUUUUUGUGUCGCGGCGACCAGGACAGGUCAAGUCUUCGGUUAGCAAGGGCUCUUCAGAGAGCGCUGCGGCUAUGGCUGCGACUGGAAACCAGCCCGAUCAAGACGGCCAAGUUCUGGAAGAGGACGAUGGCAACUAUACACAAUACGACGUGUCAAUCGCAACAGUUAACGUUACACUGUCGUUCUUGAAGUGGUGGAAUGGCAAGGGUUUCCUGAAAGAUGUCGAGGUCAAGGGCGUUCGUGGUGUUGUUGACCGCACAUCUGUGCAAUGGUCAGACGAGGUGGUCGACCCCCUAUCCUACCGCCAUUCCCACGAACCCGGCGAUUUCGAGAUCGACUCUUUCAAGCUCGAGGAUCUACUCGUCACUGUCCAUCAGCCCAAGGGCUUCCGACCUUUUUCUGUCAGCAUCUUCUCAUGCGAAUUGCCACAGCUCAGGAAACAGUGGCUCUUUUACGAUUUCCUAUCGGCAACCCACAUGUCGGGAUCGUUUGAUGGCUCUCUGUUCACGAUCCACCCCCGUCAAGUACAUGGUACCAUUGCCAGCGAGAACGGAGACAUGGCAGAGGAUGUGGGCGAGCCGGCAGCCUGGAAGAAGUUCAGCCGCCUGCGCAUCGACGGUCUUAAAAUCGACCACCUCAACCGUGGCGUUGAGGGCCCAUUCGGCUGGAUCUAUGAGGGCAACGUCGAUAUCGUCGCAGAUGUCAUGUUCCCCGCGGACGUUGACGAUGGUAUCACCAAAGCCAUGUCAGACCUUUACGACCAGCUUGAGGACGUUGUGAUAUCUAACCGCAUGCGUCUGCUCCAGAAGGAUUUGCUCGACAUCAAAAUCGUGGGCUCUUCCGCCUCGGAUCUUUGGAACUCUACACCUACUAAGGGCCACCUUUCCCAAGCUAUACCAGAGCUCACCGAAGAGGCCCCUGAGGAAGCCAAAGACUCCGAAUCUUCCGACCCCUCCAGCUCUUCCGACUCGUCGGAAGAAGACCGGAGAUAUCUAAUCAUGGAUCUCCGAAUCCACAUGAACGAUGUCAAGGCCGCCGUGCCCCUUUUCACAAAAGACAUCUCUUAUAUCAACCAGGCGCUCGUGCGCCCCAUCGUGGCCUACAUCAACGCCAAGAAGACAUACAUCCCCAUCAACUGCCGCAUAGUCAAGCGCCACACCGAUUUCGACGGCAGCUGGUCCAUCUUUGACUGCGGUCUCAUGGACGACAUGUCGGCCGAGACCUACGAGGCUUUUGCACGCGACAUUGAGGAUCAGCAAAGCCGCGUUCGUCGGCUCAAGAAGGUCGGCUUCUGGACUCUGAGUCUUGCCGUCCAUGCUCUGUUUAUGGGUAUGGCAGGCAAUGUCAUCUGAAACUAUCCUCUCAACUCUCCUCUCCCUGCUUCUUUCUCUGUUUCUUGCCCUCUACGUGAGCACGGCUGUCUUUUAAUGAGCGCAUGAUUUUUUGAAGAAGGGAGGCGUUUUUACAAUCUUGUUGUAUAGAUGGCGAAAGGCGGAAACAAUCAACAACCAUCGUGUACAUAUACAAAGGGUAAACAUCUCUGCACAAGGGGAAGAAGAGUGUUGGGGUUCCAUCAAACCACUCAAUCCUUUUUACCCUCCAAACUUUUCUUUCUGGGAGGCGAGGCGUUUCACACAGGGCACAUGAGAGAUAGAUGUGGUAGGGGAAAGAGUAAACAACAAAAUAAUUGAUACCCCUU